AUGGCAGUUGAGCAGGUGCUGGCUUCAGGCGUGUUUAGAGAUCCUUCAGAUUAUGAUACACGGUGCAAAGGUACUGAGGCGGUCGAGCAGCCACCGCCGCCACCACCACCACCAGUCGUGGUAGCCACCGACCCACCUCCACCGCCUGCCCCAGAAACACGACACAUCGAAAUCCCUCUUACGAAGAUGGAACAUAGACAAGUCGACUCCUCAAUAUUAAACGUAGACCAAGUUCUAUGCGAUGUCUUAAAAAAAGAUGACACUCACGCUCAACUAGAAACUAUUAAAUUGACUCUCAUAAACGAAACCGAACGAUUAACUGAAAUAAGUGAACUGCUAAAGAAACAACUUGAAGAACUCUCGGCUGAAGUGAAAGCAAAGUUUAAAGCGAUUGAACUGCAGACGUCAGAACCGUCUGUUGAGAGCAUUUGGAACGACAUUAAAUUGUUGCACGAAAUAGAACAUAAACAUAAGAAUACAGAAGAUGCUAAGAAAAUCAGCCGUGUUCUGGACCAAAUCUUAAGUAUUCUCGAUGCGAAUGAGGAAGAUCGCUCAGCCGCAAACGAUAACAAAAUACACGAAAUUAUGCGCAAACUUAGCAAGCAAACUAGAGGUGGGGACAGUGACAUAUGGACAGACCUUAAGAAUUAUCCUAAAGAUUUUCGCGAAUAUGCCAAAAGAGUAUUUGAUGAAAAUAGAUCGACUUUCCCACCUGAUGACACAACUAAGAAACCCGAAUCUGACAAAGUUACAGAGAGUGAUGCUGGAAAAAUAAACGAAAAGGAUGUCCAAACUAAAAAAACAGAUGAAACUGUCAAAAAGAAAGACCAAACUAAAAACACCGAUGAAACUGACAAAAAGGAUGACCACACUGGAAAACCAAAAGACGUUACCACAGUAAAACCUAAACGUAAAACACGUAAACCAAAAACUACGACAACUACUAUUGAUAGACCAUUAACCGUUGAAGAGUUAGCAGCACAGUACGGUUCACUAUUUGAUGUGAUGCCAGAUAUCGAUAGUAUAGAGAACAAGAAAGCGUUUGAAAGUGCGAAGAGUAUCAUACAAGAGGACGCUCUGAAUAAUGCAGUCAUGAACAGUUUAGCCAAAAUGGAGUCGAGCAAAGAUGCGCGUGAUCUUUUCGAUACCCUGACUUGA